CAACGUGGACGGUGGACAGUAACAGUGUCUGUUUCUGUCAUUCAGAUCAAACAAUGUCUUCUCUGUAAUUUCUGUUCUUUGUUGUGCAGAUUACGAUGACAGACCACGCUGAUUAUUUCACCGUUGUGAAGGUGAUAUCUCUCUGCGCAGCAUGGUAUACAGUGAGCUCUGCCCAAAACAUUAUUGGGAAAACCCUGUUAUCUGACUUUCCAUAUCCAAUGACAGUUGCAAUGGUUCAGCUUAUGUCUAUUUGUUUGUAUACCAUUCCCGUUACGAAAGUAUUGUCAGUUCCCCCAGUGAAAAAUAUACCUCGGAGGUAUUACCUGAGUCUCAUAAUACCAUUAGCCUUAGCGAAAUUCACGAACUCGGUUACUGCACAUAUCAGCAUAUGGAAAGUUCCUGUGUCAUAUGCUCACACAGUUAAAGCUACGAUGCCGCUGUUUACAGUUCUCUUGUCACGAAUUCUGAUGGGGGAAAGGCAGACUUAUCAGGUGUACUUUUCAUUACUGCCCAUAAUUGGUGGUGUAGCCAUUGCCACAGUUACAGAGCUGUCAUUCAAUGUAAUUGGAUUAGCCAGUGCUCUCCUUGCCACUAUGGGCUUUUCACUUCAAAAUAUAUUUUCUAAAAAGUGCUUGAGAGAUACAGGCAUUCACCACAUUAGACUCCUCCUUAUUCUGGCGAAAAUCUCCACACUAUGUUUUAUUCCUCUUUGGUUGUUGGUUGAUUUGCGGAAAAUCCUGAGAGAUGAAGCUGUGAUGAACAGUGGCAAUUUGGGACGUACCAUGUACUUGUUAGUUGUUGAUGGUGCGUGCAAUGUGAUACAGAAUGUGGUGGCCUUUUCCAUUCUUGCCCUCAUCACCCCACUUAGUUAUGCAGUUGCAAGUGCAACAAAAAGAAUUGUGAUCAUCUCUGCAUCGUUGAUCAUGUUGCGGAAUCCAGUCACCUGGAUGAACAUGUUGGGCAUGUUUACAGCUAUUAUCGGUGUCCUAAUUUACAACAAGGCAAAGUAUGAUCAGCAGCAGGCAAAGAGGAGGGAAAAAGUUUUACCUUAUGUCAAAAGUGAUACAAACUUGUCAAGGAUGAGCAAUGCUCUUUUGAAUGGAGCAACACAUGGUUGGAACACAUCCGGAUUCUUAAAUCACCCAAAUGGAUAUCCAGUGGAGCGCUUGCAAAUUGAGGAAGUUCCAGCAUUCUCUCACAAAGCUUACCUGCCACACAUAAACCACAAUGAAGAUUUCCCACACAAGGAGACAGUUGGUUAUCCAGCACUAAAUAGCAGAGCCUCCAGACCAUAUUCCAGAACUGUCUAUAAUAUAUAAAAUUUUGCUGUAAAAAAAAAUUAAUCAGCUCUUUUUUGACCAAUGCCAAGCAUUGUUUGCUGGUCAAUGCUAAAAUGGGUGAGAAUUUAGAUCAAAAGAACUUGUUUAACACACAACUGAACUUCCCAUUUUGGCAGUCUCCAUGACAGGACUGAUUUGUGUGCAGGGUACAGGUGGCUUAAUGGGAUAAAAGCAUCAUUGUUUCAACAUCCCUUUGAACAGAUAUUAUUACAUUGGCAGUUUGUUUUAAUGCUUUACUAAGAUUUGUUUUAGUGUUGAGAUUGUGUGAUACUUGUGGUAUAUUUAUUUUUAUCAAUGCAAAUAGGGUCUUCCCUCGUGAUGUAUGAAACUGUUAGAUAAAUAGAUCAGCGGAAUAGGUGUAUGGUCAUAUUUCACAUAAUGGUGGGGCAAUGAUAUAUUUGUCUGCUAGCACUUCAUUUACCUGAAAUUACUUCUCUUCACGAGUUCAGGUAAAUAAUUCACUUCUACAACGAGUAAAAGAAAAAAAGCUAAUGUUCCACUUCCUAGUUAUUGCAAAGUUGCUGUGAACCCCAUCUUGAGACACUACACGUAUCCACAUGGUGGACUUGAUUGAAAUCUGGAUUGGUAAAUUGAAAGGAAAAUACAUAUACAGUGAUGAUAGCAAUAUGUAGUGAUAAAGCAAUGUAAACCACAAAUUUGAGAAAAUGUUUGAAUUAUGUUUAAACAAAAAUUACUCUGACCAUUAAAUUUUCUUUGUCAGUAUUUUCCCUAAAUAUUUGUUUAAUAAAUUAAUACUUAUGUUCUUAAGCCACUUAGUCACAGGGCAGGUGUAGAGUGCCCCAAUUGCACUGAUGAUAUGUGGCUUUGAUUUGUCACAGUAUUGUCACUCUUUGUCUCGGCUUGCCUUCCUUUUUCAGCAUCUCAGAAACUGUAUUUUAUAUAAACAAAAAAAAAAACUUUACUGACUGGUUUGGUUUAUUUCCAAGCAUAAGAACUUGACCAGUGCAGUAACAAAGUCCUUUAAUACACAUUUUAAUACACAUAUUCUUUGAGAUGUGGGUUUUGCAUGCAUCACAGCAAAUUAAAGAAAGAGUGCAGUGCGCUCUUGGUUUUUAGUACAGGAUUUCCUGUGUUAACAUCUCUGCGUUUUUUGCAGAGAUUCUGGCAAGAACAAGAUUAAAAGAAACAUGUGCAAUAAGUUGAUAAAUGUGUGGUAUGUUAUGUUCAUGUUCAUAGUGUCAGUGACCAGCUACUCUGUAUUUGAAAAAAAAAAGGUAUUGCUGCAUUCUGAUGCCAUGCUUUUAUUCAUGUAAUAAGUAUUUGUUGAUAGAUUUUAUUCAGCUGUAUGGAGAAUGGGCUGAUAUAUAAUAAAGUAUAAUGAUAUCAGUUUACUCUGUAUGGUGAAUGGGGAGAUAUGGAAUAUAAUGAUAUCAGUUUACUUUGUAUUGUGAAUGAGGAGAUAGUAUAAUGAUAUCAGUUUACUCUGUAUGGUGAAUAAGGAGAUACAGAGUGCACUCUAUAUAGAGAAUGAGGUGAUAUAGAUAAAUAAUGUGAAUGAAAUGAUAAAUGUGUUUACUCUGUGGAGAAUGAUGUGAUAUCAUUCUAUAUUAGUUUACUCAAUGGAGAAUGAGGUGAUGUGGAGUAGAUAUGAGGAUCGUUUCAUGUAGAGUAUGAUGAUAUCAGUUUACUGUGUGGAGAAUGAUUUGACGUAGAGUAGAAUAUCAGUUUACUCUGUGGAGAAUGAUUUGACGUAGAGUAGAGUGAUAUCAGUUUACUCUGGAGAAUGGUGUGAUGAAGAGUAGAAUAUAAGUUUGCUCUGUGGAGAAUGAGGUGAUGAAGAGUAGAAUAUAAGUUUACUCUGUGGAGAAUGAUGUGAUGGGUGGAAUAUGUUUGCUCUGUAGAGAAUGAGGUGAUGAGUAGAAUAUAAGAUUGCUCUGUAGAGAAUGAGGUGAUGAGUAGAAUAUAAGUUUGCUCUGUGGAGAAUGAGGUGAUGAGUAGAAUAUAAGUUUGCUCUGUGGAGAAUGAGGUGAUGAAGAGUAGAAAAUAAGUUUACUCUGUGGAGAAUGAUGUGAUGGGUGGAAUAUGUUUGCUCUGUAGAGAAUGAGGUGAUGAGUAGAAUAUAAGAUUGCUCUGUAGAGAAUGAGGUGAUGAGUAGAGUAUAAGUUUGCUCUGUGGAGAAUGAGGUGAUGAGUAGAAUAUAAGUUUGCUCUGUGGAGAAUGAGGUGAUGAAGAGUAGAAUAUAAGUUUAUUCUGUGGAGAAUGAUGUGAUGGGUGGAAUAUGUUUGCUCUGUAGAGAAUGAGGUGAUGAGUAGAAUAUAAGAUUGCUCUGUAGAGAAUGAGGUGAUGAGUAAAAUAUAAGUUUGCUCUGUGGAGAAUAAGGUGAUGAGUAGAAUAUAAGUUUGCUCUGUGGAGAAUGAGGUGAUGAAGAGUAGAAUAUAAGAUUGCUCUGUGGAGAAUAAGGUGAUGAGUAGAAUAUAAGUUUGCUCUGUGGAGAAUGAGGUGAUGAAGAGUAGAAUAUAAGAUUGCUCUGUAGAGAAUGAGGUGAUGAGUAAAAUAUAAGUUUGCUCUGUGGAGAAUAAGGUGAUGAGUAGAAUAUAAGUUUGCUCUGUGGAGAAUGAGGUGAUGAGUAGAAUAUAAGAUUGCUCUGUGGAGAAUGAGGUGAUGAGUAGAAUAUAAGAUUGCUCUG